GGCAUCUCGCGGAACCAGGGGCGGUGGCGCAAUGGAGGGACUGGAAGAAAAUGGAAGUGUCCAAGUGGGAGAAUUGUUACCUUGCAAGAUUUGUGGAAGAACGUUCUUUCCAGUGGCAUUAAAAAAACAUGGACCCAUUUGCCAGAAAACUGCCACUAAAAAACGGAAGACUUUUGAUUCAAGCAGACAGAGAGCUGAAGGAACUGAUAUUCCAACAGUAAAGCCUCUUAAACCUAGGCCUGAACCACCAAAGAAACCAUCUAAUUGGAGAAGAAAACAUGAAGAAUUCAUUGCCACCAUAAGAGCAGCUAAAGGCCUUGAUCAGGCACUUAAAGAGGGUGGAAAACUUCCUCCUCCUCCUCCACCUUCUUAUGAUCCUGAUUAUAUUCAGUGUCCAUAUUGCCAGAGGAGAUUUAAUGAAAAUGCAGCUGAUAGACAUAUUAAUUUCUGUAAAGAACAGGCAGCACGUAUUAGUAAUAAAGGCAAAUUUUCUACUGAUACCAAAGGAAAGGUGACUUCUCGGACACAGGUAUAUAAGCCGCCUGCACUUAAAAAGUCAAAUUCUCCUGGAACUGCACCAUCAGGAUCUUCACGAUUACCACAACCAAGUGGCACUAGCAAAACUGUUGUAGGUGUGCCUUCAGGUAAAGUGUCUUCAGUUAGCAGCUCUUUGGGAAACAAACUUCAGACCUUAUCUCCCUCCCAUAAAGGGAUAGCAGCCCCUCAUGUAGGUAAGAUGGACAAGUUAGGCCCUCCACUUCGAACUGGAAGACAUGUGCAAAGGUUGUAUGACAGUGAUACAAAAUCAGACAGUGCCAUCAAAAGACAUGAGUUAUUACCCAUUUACAAAACUAACAUCAAACCUCGAAAUUCCACACCACCUAGUUUGGCACGAAAUCCUUCCUCAGGUGUUCUUACAAACAAAAGAAAAACAUAUACUGAGAGCUACAUAGCCAGGCCAGAUGGAGACUAUAUAUCUUCACUUAAUGGCGGAAAUGUUAAAGGCAUGGAAGGAAAUUCAACAGGACACUUACCAAAAUUCUGCCAUGAGUGUGGGACUAAAUACCCUGUAGAAUGGGCAAAGUUUUGUUGUGAAUGUGGCAUUCGAAGAAUGGUUCUGUGAAUAGACCCCAAAAGAAAAAGCUAAGUCCAGAAUCUUAUGACUGUUGCACCUUGGACAGCUAGACAUUUC